AUGGGGAGAUCCCCCCGCCUGCUGCUGCUCGCGGCGCUGCUCCCGGCGGUCGUCGCCGCCGUCGGGCCGCAGCCGGGGGCGCCGUGCGAGCCCACGCUGCUCGCGGCGCAGGUCGCGCUCUUCUGCGCGCCCGGCAUGGCCACCGCGCAGUGCUGCGAGCCCGUCCUCCUCGUCGUCGACCUCGGCGUCCCAUGCCUCUGCCGCGUCGCCGCGGAGCCGCAGCUCGUCACGGCGGGCCUCGACGUCACCCAUCUCCUCAAGACCUACAGCUCCUGCGGCGGCUUCCUUCCCGGCGUCGCCCACCUCUCCUCCGCCGCCUGCGAAGGACCCGCUCCCCCCCCCGCCGUCGUCAGCAGCCCCCCGCCCCCGCCACCAUCCGCCGCACCUCGCCGCAAGCAGCCAGCGCACGACGCACCACCGCCGCCGCCGUCGAGCGAGAAGCCAUCGUCCCAGGAGCAUGAAGGCGGCGCCGCCCACAACAUGGCCGUCCCCACCCAGGCGGCUGCUUCUCCGGUGUCUACAACCCACCAGCCAGCGGGCGAUGCUCCUGCCCCGCAGCCGUCCCCUCCUCCUCAGCAGGAUCGUGCCAAGAAUGCUUUUCUGAUUCUUGGCUAUGUUUUUACAGCAGUUCUCUACUUUUCACAGGGUCCAACUGUUUGGGGCAUAUGGGUGGCGCGGCAAGUGGGGCAGUCCAAGGUGGAUAUGUUUGUGGUUACACUUGCUAGCUGCGUCGUUUGGAUGAUGUAUGAGCUAGCCGAUCCUCCCACACCCCCAUUUGUGAUUCUCAACGCUGUUGGCAUUGGAUUUGAGCUUCUGUACCUUGGAUUGUUCUUUUGCUUCUCCGAACCCCGGGGCCGAAUGAGUAUUGCUAUUUGCCUGGCGGCGAUCGCUGGAGCUUCUGCCAUAGUAGCUCCUCCUGUUUUUUCAGUUGCACCGGAUCCACAGCUUGUCUUUGGCAUCAUUGGGGAUAUCUCCGUGUGGCGGGAGAACAACGUAGGGAACAUGUCUCUGCUGGUGGCCGUGGCUUUGUUCCUCAACGGCGUCUCCUGGACGGCGUAUGGUCACUUGGCUGACAACCUAUACUUCAUAGUGCCGGGCUACUUUGGUAUCUUUUUUGGAGCAAUGCAGAUAAUAGUGUGGGUUUUAGUGAGGUUCAUUUACCAUGGUUGA